CACAAAGUUUGGACGGCUUCCGUCACCUUUGACCCAGGCGGCACGAAGCGAGGGUGCUACCGACAACCUAGCAAAGUGGCUGGUUUUCCACUUCCAAGUCGAAGGUGGCGUUUUUUGAUGACAACAAAGCCCUUUCCUCCCAUCAAGCGGUGUCCAUUAUCAUCACGACAUCGCCGUCCAAGUGUACGGUCAACAACUGGGUCCCGAUAAGGCACCGACACCGUCUUGUGGCAACCACGACCGCGACACCGACCGCGACCGGCGUACACACUUGUACAAUCCACUUCACACCUACAAUCCCCCUUGGAAGAUUAAACACCAAAAGGGGAGGAUCGAUAUCGCCAUGGAUAGAGUACAGCAACGCUGUCAUCGCGCCAUUGUAACUUGAGACAGCAACGGGUACAAACCAUGCGCACCCCACCAACUCUUUUCCUGGGCUUGCUGGGUCUCCACGCAGUUGCAGCGGCACUCCCAGAACCAGCAUCGGUAUGCGAAUCGAGGACGGUCAACUACAUCACCCAUACCCUACCGCAACAAUGUCUUCGUACUUCAUGGACGACCCCGACCGCCGUCACGAGCGCAGUCGCCGCCGAAACCACCUCUUCUGAGGUCCCCAGUAACGAAACCGCAGCGCCGGCGCAAGCGAACGAGACACAGCAGCAGCAACACCAUGACCAGCCCAAGCCGUCGGCGGAACAUACACAGGAGCAGACAAAGGAAGAGCAAGAGGAUGAGGACUUGGCAGCUAGCACCUUCAUGUCGUUUGAAGAAUGGAAGGAGAUGAUGCUGCGCAAGUCUGGCGACCCCGCCAACACUAAGGGCGGCCAGAAACAGGCGGGACAGCAGAGAGCCGGCGAGCACGACCAGAACGGCCCCAGCAGCGAUACCGACGGCCACGGGCCAGGCGACGACGGUGAAAAUUCGCUGAACUUCGACGCCCUCUCUGAAAAGGUCUCGGAACUGACCACUUCUCCCUCCGGCAACCCUUCGACAGACCACGGCAGCGGCAAAGCCAAGAAAGACGACCAAGUCGUCUACGAGGAUGGUAAAACGCAAUACUAUCGCAGCAAGGAUGCCGGAAAGACAUGCAAGGAGCGUUUCUCGUACUCCUCCUUUGACGCCGGUGCCACCGUUCUCAAGACCAGCCCAGGGGCCAAGAACGCCAAAGCCAUCCUGGUGGAAAACAAGGACUCGUAUAUGCUCCUCGAGUGCCAUGCUAAGAGCAAGUUCGUUAUUGUCGAGCUGAGCGACGAUAUCCUCGUUGACACGGUGGUCCUGGCCAACUUUGAGUUCUUCUCGAGCAUGAUUCGCCGGUUCAAGGUCAGCGUGAGCGACCGCUACCCCGUCAAGCUGGACAAGUGGGUUGAGCUGGGAACGUUCGAGGCGAGGAACUCGAGGGACAUUCAGGCCUUCUUGGUGGAACAUCCUCAGAUCUAUACCAAGUAUAUCCGGAUCGAGUUCCUCAGUCAUUACGGAAACGAGUAUUACUGCCCAGUAUCGCUACUCAGAGUCCAUGGAACAAGGAUGCUGGAUACAUGGAAAGAACCGGAUGAUAGGCACGAUGAUGAGCAGGAAACAAUUGAAGCCCCCCCGGUGCAGGAGGAGUUGUCGCAGACUCCUGAACCUGAGCAGCCGAGUUCUCAAGUUGAACAAUCUACUGUUGCGAGUGAGCCGGAGCCAAGUACUGUCACUGAGGUGAAGGAGGAGACGCAUCAGGAAACCGAGUCCGUUCAGGUUGUGGAGCUGGGCUUUACGCCCUGGGAGCCAAUAUUCUAUCGUGACUUUUCUCUGGAGAUUUGCGCCUUGCGUUCGCGAACGACUGGUCAACCCACUCGUAUCUCGCCUGGAGCAGACAACAACAAACAUGGUAUCUCCGCUGGAAACCCCGAUAUGGCAAAGGAACAAGCCUCAACGGGAAGCGCUGCGCACGAGACAUUAGUGUCCAAGGCUUCUUCGGUAGCACCCAAAUCUCAGGAAACAGCCAAGGUCCAACCUGCCAGCUCUGCUGCCUCUCACAGUUCUGCACCGCCUCAAGCAAGCAACACCACAACGGGUUCUCCCAACCACAAUAAGGCUCCUCCAGCCCGUCCCAAUACCGCCAGCAAUGAGACUGCUCCUUCGGUCUUUUCCGCCGCAAAACCCUCUGGCAGCAGCAGCGGCAGCACGACCGGCACCACAGCCCGUAACGACAGCAAAGACAACAGCGGCAACAACGCAAACGCCGGCGGUAACAGCGGCGGCGGCAGCAGCCCCCCUAAUAACAACAACAAAACCAACCAACAACCAAAGCCCAACUCCGGUGGCUCCCCCACCUCUUCGGGACCCCCCGCCUCCCCCACUGUCCAAGAAUCCUUCUUCAAAACCGUGCACAAACGCCUAACCCACCUCGAAUCCAACACCUCUUUGUCUUUACAAUACAUCGAGCAACAAUCGCGUUUCCUGCAAGACGUCCUCUCCAAACUCGAGCGGCGCCAGCUCACGCGCGUCGACACCUUUCUCGACACGCUCAACAAGACGGUAUUAACAGAACUGCGCAACGUGCGGCAGCAGUACGACCAGAUCUGGCAGAGCACGGUGAUCGCGCUGGAGACGCAGCGCGAGCAGACGGAGCGCGAAGUGGUGGCGCUGAGUGGAAGACUAAAUGUGUUGGCGGAUGAGGUGGUGUUUCAGAAGAGGAUGGCGAUUUUGCAGAGUGUGCUUUUGUUGAGUUGUUUGGUGUUGGUUAUUUUUAAUAGGACUGGCGGCGGCGGUGGGGGUGGUGGGGGUAACAGUGCCCUGGGAGGUAAUGGAGGGAUAGGAGGCAGGCCGGGUUCAAGAGGAGGAGGAGGAGGAGGAGGUUGGUUUGAUUCCCCCGUUCAGGCUGUGCAGCGACGGUCUAUUGGUUCUGGAUGGAUCAGUAAUAUGAGCAUGAGCAUGGGGGUGAGUGGUCCGUUUCCGUUUUCGACGACGGCGUCGACAUCUGGAUUACAACAACAACCGACAACAGCCGCAGCAGCAGAAGCACAUUCGGGCUCGGGCGAGGAUACAGAUGCCGUGGGAACAAGCACGGGUGUUGAUACCGCAGCACAACACAAUCAACAGCAGCUCCACCCCAAUGGCAAUCAUAACCGCCAACACAUGUUACAGACACAGCAACACUCAUAUGCGUACUCACGCAACGACAAAGCCCUCCCGCUCACUCCCACCUCCGAGUAUGACAGCAGGGAAGGGACCCCACUUGUUCACGCGUCGCCACUCCGGCAGACUUCAACGACUAUAGACGAGGUUCUGGCGGGAGAGGGUGUCGACGGUAAUUCACCGUUGUAUACGCAGUCGUCAUUCGGACCCGAGCCCGAAUGCGUCCCAGAUCAAGAGGAGUCGUCUCAGUCUUCAUCAUCUGGAUCUGAGUCUGGCGGGUUCACGCAAGAGAGAACAUCAGAAGUCUUCCAAGAAAGCACCGAGCCUAUCCAUAAUGGAGUUACGAAUGUACCUGUCCGUUCCAAAUCUACCGAAGAAAGAAGCGAGAGGGUUGAGGAAGACGAUAUUGGUCUGCUACCGGUGGAUUCCAUUGGGGAUCAACAGCAGCAAACACUACGGCCCCGAGCAAGGCCUCCACAUACUCACCUUGGCUCGGGGACCGUGAAGCCAUUGCCUGCUCUACCAGAAACUUCAAGUUCAUAAUAACCUAAUGCCUGGUGGUUGAGUUCAGCGAGAUCAUGCAUGCCAGCAAGUCCAUAGCAAAAUAUACGUUUGAGC